GCCCKGCCCCGCCCCCGCCCGCCCCGCUCUCAGGGUCAGCCCUGGAGCGUCGGGCUGUGGCGGGUGCUUUGCCUGGGCUCAGCUUGGACCCUGGCCUGGGGCGCGAUGGCAGCGGCGGCCCUAAGGGUUGCUAGGCGGCAGCUGAGCCAGCACAGCGGGUCUGGAGCCCCCAUCCUCCUGCGGCAGAUGUUUGAGCCGAAAAGCUGCACCUAUACCUACCUACUGGGUGACAGAGAGUCCCGGGAGGCCAUUCUGAUCGACCCGGUCCUGGAGACAGCACCCCGGGAUGCCCAGUUGGUCAAGGAGCUGGGGCUGCGGCUGCUGUACGCUGUGAAUACCCACUGCCACGCAGACCACAUCACAGGCUCAGGGGUGCUCCGGUCUCUACUUCCUGGCUGCCAGUCUGUCAUCUCCCGCCUUAGUGGGGCCCAAGCUGACCUGCACAUUGAGGAUGGCGAUUCUAUCCGCUUUGGACGCUUUGCCUUGGAGACCCGGGCCAGCCCUGGCCACACCCCAGGCUGUGUCACCUUUGUCCUGAACGACCUCAGUAUGGCCUUCACUGGAGAUGCCCUGCUGAUCCGUGGAUGUGGGCGGACAGACUUCCAGCAAGGCUGUGCUAAGACCUUGUACCACUCAGUCCACAAAAAGAUCUUCACACUUCCAGGCAACUGUCUGGUCUACCCUGCUCACGAUUACCAUGGACACACAGUGUCCACCGUGGAGGAGGAGCGGACUCUGAACCCUCGGCUCACUCUCAGCUGCGAGGAGUUUGUUAAGGUCAUGGACAAUCUGAACUUGCCUAAACCACAGCAGAUAGACAUUGCUGUUCCAGCCAACAUGCGCUGCGGGGUCCAGACGCCACCUUCCUAACCUGUUUCUGUCAGGUGCUUAUGUCCGUCAAGAGUGCACUCGGUGGAGCCAGGGGUGGAGCCAGGGGAGAGGGGUCACCACUAGACCUCUGUCCCCUCCCACCCUACCCCCAUCAGCCCCUCAAACUUC